CUACAUAUCAUCAUCAUUAUCAUUCAUCACGGCACUUUCUCUGCUGCUAUUACACGAGCUCUUUCUCUCUUUAGCUCUCUGUCCUGAACUCUCGCUCUGUUUCAAUUUCUUCCCUGUUUUUAUCCUUUUGCAUUGUUCUACUCCAUAUACAGAGUAUCAAGCAUAAAUAAACCUUCGCCAAAUUGAAAUCCAACCUGCUCGAAUCAUCUCCAUUUCCUAUCAUCAUCAAUUCUGCAAUUACCGCACCUUUCUGUUUCUAGGGCUGAAUAAUCUCUGUUCCUGGUGAUGCAUGAAAGACAAUCGAAAUACUCCUCUGUUUGUUUAAAUUUGCUGGAUGGGGCGGGGCGGUGUUAGUUGGGGACUGGUGCUGCCGCCGGGCGUGUCUCCGGCGGCCGGUGGCGGCCCGGACAGGGACGAUCAGUGGCGGAAUUUUGACAGCUCUGUAAAUGCAGUUUCGCUCGGAUUCGUUGCGACUGCUAUUCUGAUUUUAAUGUUCCUUGUAAUGGCCAUUUUUGAGAGGCUACUACGCGGUAGAUCAUCCACAUCCCAGUCCGGCGACUCAAAUCACAUUACUAUCCAAUCAAAGCUCGGUUUUCCAUCCCCAGAAAUGACAGUGUAUGCUAGAGGAGUGUCAGUGUUGAUGCCGGGGGAAGACGUUCCCACCUUCAUCGCCCACCCUGUCCCGCCGCCUUGCAAUCACCAGCAAAUAGCUUCACCAACAAUAUCGGCCUCCACCCAUAGUUGAUCUUAUCCAAAGUGAAAUUGAAUGAAACUUUUUAAUAACUUUUCUUAGCUAGCUAGUCACUCUCAACUAUAUUAUAUAUAUGUCUAACAUGAUUUAGGCAGUUUCUACAGCUUCUGUUUGAAAAAUAAUACAAGCAGUACUAAUAAUAGGUCCUUACAUAUAAGAACUGAAGCUUUUAGAACUCAAGUUUAGAUGUAUAAGUGAGAAUUCACCUAUUCUAUUAGAGAGGUGAAAUAUAACUAGUAAUUGACCUUAUCAUUUACAGUUGAUGUCUGUCAUGUGUGAUGUUUAUGACAAUACUAAUUUUAACACGCGCGUUGCGCGAUUGAAU